AUGUCUUCAUCAAGUAGCCACAACAUUGAUCGCAUGUUCGACUCUCCAACGGGCUCAGCGGUUCUCAGGGAUGUAAUCCCUGAGAUCUCUAAGGACGUCAUUGCAUGGAGAUUAGAUCCUGAUGUGGCGGUUGGAGCCGAAGGUGGUGGAGGAGGUGUAAGUGGAGGUGGAGGCUUUGGUGGUGGUGGAGGAGGAGAUGUUAGAGAUAGUUCUAGUGAAGGUGGAGGCUUUGGAGCCGGGGGCAGUGAUGGUGGCGGGGCUAAAGGUGAUAUUGAUGGUAGUGGUGGAGCAAGAGGAGGAGGUGGAGUUGGUGGUGGUGGUUUUGGUCAUGGUGAAGGCUUUGGUACUGGAGAAGAUGGUAUUGGUGGUGUUGGUAGUGGUGUUGGAGGAGGAGGUGGUGGUGGUGGUGGUGGGGGUGGGGGUGGGGGUGGAGGUGGGCAAGGACUGGGCUCAAUCGAUCCCGAGUCUGGGCCCAAUGGGUCCGGUCCCAUUGGGACCAAGCUCAUUUUGGCUGGGACAGUUGUAGGAGAUAAAAAGUAA